UGACGUCAAACUUCCGCGCCUGAGACGGACUCGACGGCUCGUAGGUAAAAACACCUCCAGCUUUUGUUCUUAUUUUUAUACUUUAGAGGAAAAUGCCGAAAGUGAAGAGGAGCAGGAAACCUCCUCCAGACGGCUGGGAGCUGAUCGAGCCCACUCUGGACGAGCUGGAUCAGAAAAUGAGAGAAGCUGAAACAGAGCCUCACGAGGGGAAGAGGAAGGUGGAGUCUCUGUGGCCCAUCUUCAGGCUCCACCAUCAGCGGAGUCGCUACAUCUUCGACCUUUUCUACAAGAGGAAAGCCAUCAGCAGAGAGCUGUAUGAGUACUGUAUAAAGGAAGGAUACGCAGACAAGAACCUGAUUGCGAAGUGGAAGAAGCAGGGCUACGAGAACCUGUGCUGCCUGCGCUGCAUCCAAACACGAGACACAAACUUUGGAACCAACUGCAUCUGCAGAGUUCCCAAGAGCAAGCUGGAGGUGGGGAGGAUCAUUGAAUGCACCCACUGUGGAUGCCGAGGAUGUUCUGGCUAGGAUCGGUCUUUGCUUGUCUUCCUCGUCCUCCGUCUGUGGCGUCUCAAACCUCGGGCCGCCGUCGUCUCAUUCCAUCCACAAACUUAACAUCUUCAUCUUCUUCAUCCUCCUCAUCCUCAGCUGCCUUCGUUGGAGGAUGGGCGGGGGUCGAUGGGAGCAGAAGGUGGUCGACUGAGAGGGGCCAUUUUUAUUUCUUAUCGUUAGUGUUUGUUGUGUUUUUUCAUUCCCUCGGCUCAGCAGCGUCUGGAUCAGUCUGAGAGCUCGGGGAGGUUUAACUCGUGUUCUCAUUUCAUACACAAAGGGCUGACAGGGAGGGGGGAGGGUUAAACGGGGGGUUCUGGACAGAGAUGUCAGUGUUUGAAGCUGUUAACUUGUUCUUCUUCAUCGCUUUGUGGUUUGAUUUUAAAUAAAAGAAUCCUGAUUUA